UUUAUCUCAAAUUCUGCUCAAAAGCGAGAAAAUUCAUGUUUGAGUUACGGCGCCAAAUUGUAAGGAGCGACACAAAAUCCAUCGCACAGCAAUUUUCGAAACGGCAAACAGUCACAGUCAUUGAAUUGACGACUUCCAUUGGAGUUUUCCGGUGCUAAGCUACUCUUACAAAUUCGUACUUCAGCAUGGCCACGAACGAAGGUUGUAAAGCUCUUUAUGUCGGUAAUCUUGACUCUCGCGUUACAGACUACAUGCUCUAUGAGAUCUUUUCCGUAGUUGGCCAAGUUGAUAACGUUAAGAUCAUAAUGGAUCGCAACUACCAACAUGGUGGAAUGAACUAUGGCUUUGUUGAAUUCGUCGAUCACUUGUCGGCAGAGCAGGCUCUCCUUGCCAUGAACGGAAGAAAGAUCUUCAGUUCCGAAAUCCGAGUUAACUGGGCUGUACAGGGAGCAACGCAAAAGGAAGAUACAUCAAAUCAUUUCCAUAUAUUCGUUGGAGACCUCUCUCCUGAAGUGGACGAUUCAAUUCUAUCCAAAGCAUUUGGAGCUUUCGGUACUAUGUCAGAUGCUAGAGUAAUGUGGGAUCAGAACACUGGAAAAUCACGCGGUUUUGGAUUUGUAUCAUUCCGAGAAAAGGCUGAUGCCGAACAAGCCAUUUCCACUAUGAACGGUGAAUGGUUAGGUUCGCGUGCUAUUCGCUGUAAUUGGGCCAACCAAAAGGCGGCUGGAGCGACGGGUCCCUCUCCAGCUCAGAGUCUUUCUUACGAAUCUGUUCUCGCACAAACCCCACCCCAUCAAACUACAGUAUACAUUGGUAAUUUGCCUCACGGUUUCCAACAACACGACCUUGCUCCUUAUUUUCAGCCAUAUGGUUAUGUGUCUGACAUUCGUAUGCAGGCCGAACGUGGAUUCGCGUUUGUCACCUUGGACUCUCAUGAAAAUGCGGCACACGCUAUUGUUGCGUUGAAUGGUGUGGACAUUGGCGGUAGACCUGCCAGGUUAUCUUGGGGUAAAGAUCGUGCUCCUGGUGGUGGAGCCGGGUACGGGGCUGGUGCCUAUGGGUAUGGUAGUGGGCUAUACCCAAGCACCUGCCGCUGGUCCUGGAGCUAACGCAAAUGGUCAAUGGGAUCAAUAUUACCAACAGUACUAUGGACAGCAGCAGCAGCAGCAAGGCGGUGGUGGUUACCAAUGACCGAAUGUCUAGACAAACUCCCCUUUUAUUUUCUCUGGCCAUAUCAUUUCUUCUACACUUUGCUUUUUUUCCCGACCUUUUGA